UGAAAGCAUUGACUGACUCGUGAACAGUGUUUGUGUGAAUGACUUGCAGUUAAUUGAGUGUCAAUUGCAGUCAAUUUAACCACAAUUUGGCACUAAUUGUGAUCACAUUUUACAAUCCAUUUAAAUCUCACGACAGACAAUGGAUUCCACUCCUGAGGACAAGGAUUCAUUGAUCUCCAACUUCUGCAAUAUAACGGGUGUGGAGCCAUCGAGAGGUCAGCUAUACUUAGAGUCUUCGCAAUGGAAUCUGGAGUUGGCAGUGCGUUCAUUCUUCGAGGACAUGCCGGGCGAUGGACAGCACGACACGCAUACGGCUGAAGAGCAGCAAAGGGCACAACAGUUGCAGCAAAUGCUCGGCAAUCGACCCAUCGUUGACACGAACUCCAACUCCAGCGACGAAAUGGUUGCUCUGCCGGACCCGCCUCUGCCCACAAGUGCUCCCAAAGCCGCCAAAAGUGAGUCGCGACCGAAGCCAACCUCCAAUUUCGCGACUUUGGACUCACUUCGAGGUGAAGAGGACUCGGGAGAGUCGAGUGGAGAAGAGGGGCAGACCUUCUUUGCGGGCGGUUCUGAACAGAGCGGACAGAAUAUAUUGGGCCCAAAGAGGCACAAGAAUGCGGGCGAAUUGGUUAAGAACCUGUUCUCCAGUGCCAGAGAACACGGCGCAGAAGUGGUCGACCCGAGCGAAGAGGCGGCCAAACCCAAGAGUCGAGUGCACGCCUUCGGGGGCACCGGCUUUAAACUGGGCUCUACUUCGCAGGAGUCGACGUCCAUUGCGGGCCCACCCCUACCACAGAGACAACCAAAUCCGGACCGAGUGUUGAAGUUGUGGAGCAAUGGGUUCAGUGUAGACGACGGCCCUCUCAGGGAUUACAAAGACCCGCAAAACGAAGAGUUUUUGAAAUCUGUUGGUCGCGGAGAGAUUCCCAGAGAACUGACGCGAGAAUCGGGUGGAAAUGAAGUGCAUUUAAAUCUCGAGGACCACAAGACUGAGCCAUACGUCGCCCCUAAGAGACGUGUUCAGGCCUUCGCUGGCGAGGGAUUCCGUUUGGGAAAUCCGACCGCAGAAGUGGUCACAACUAAUACUCAGUCCAAUGCGACGACGGAUCCCAAAGUGUCUGAAGCGGAAGCGCUGAACAAUCUGAAUGUGAACCCAAGCCUUCCCACCACUAGUAUUCAGAUACGACUGUCCGACGGAUCGCGUUUGGUCGUAAAACUAAAUUUAGUUCAUACUAUCGCUCACAUCAGACAAUAUAUCUGUAGCUCUCGUCCGGCAUACUCUGCACAGAACUUCGUGCUGAUGACCACAUUCCCCAACAAAGAACUCGCAGAUGAGAGCCUUACCAUCGAAGCCGCAAAUCUAGCGAACGCUUCAAUCGUUCAAAGACUUAAAUAAAUCACAAAAUGAUAACUAAAUUAUUUUAUUUAAUGAAUUAAAAAAUACAUUUUUGUGAUGUCUUGCAACUAUUAACUUGAAAAUAUCAG